AUGGCAACAAAAAAGAGUACCACGAAUAAUUCGUGGAAAACUCCAAUGCAGCGAUUCAGACAACGUUUAAAAUAUGGCGAACUUAGCAUGGAUUCUUUUGAAGAAACAUCUUCAUCGCCUAGUUUUUUGUCGCGAACGCUUAGUGAAACAUCAAAUUCAUUGUUAUAUGAGAAUUCAACAACAAAAGAAUGCAAACGAUUUAAUCCCUUUAAGAAUAUUGUCAUUGUUACAAAGUUACUUUUUGAAUUUGAAUUGCAGAGAGGAAUUCAUUUAAAAGUUUUUAAACGAAUACGUAGCCAUAAAAAUAAGGAAAAUGACAAUCCAGAAGGUUCAGUUGAAAUUCUCAGUGAAAAUGCCCUUCAUGGCUUUCCACAAGUUUCCAUAUUCAGUGAUAUUGAAAACAUCGUUUCCACAAAGGAUAAUCAAAAAUCUUUACAAGGUCCAACUGAUUUUUCUUCCAUUAAUCAUAUGUUAUGCAACGACAAUGCUACACAAUCGAAAAUUGAAAAUGAAGAUAAUAUUUUAAAUCAGCCACUUGAUUUAUAUUCUGAUGAACGCCUUGGAACAAAAAUUCAUGUAAAGAGUAAUAUUCCAUUUCCCUGGAUGCCUUCUAAUCUUCCAGGACGUUAUCCAGUUAGAACAAGAGGAAGCGAUCUUGAUUUGGCCACACGUUGUCUUUUCAAAACAGUUUAUAAAACAACUGAAGGUUUUAAUGAUACUUUUGCGGAUUCAUCAUCGAUAUUUCCAUUAUUAGCUUCUACUAUGUAUUGGCAAUUUCCUGAACUUCCUUGGCUAAAAACAUUUCCUUGUCUCGAAAAAAAUCGAAAGUAUUCGGCUGAAGAUUUCAGCUCGAAACAACUACCAUCAAAGCACUUAGAUGCAUUAAAUAUUCAUUGGUGCGAAGCAUUGGACCAUUUAUAUAAUUCUUGGCGAAAGCAUCUAAGGCAUUCUUUUUACAUUUGUUGUUCAACAUUGACUGUACUUUUUACUUGGCUGGGUAAAAAUCAUUUGCGUAAUUCGCCAGGCCAUCGAGUUGUAAUAUUUCCAUCGUCAUCUACAUUGCAACAAUGUUUAAAUAAUGAAGAUAUAGCUUUUGAUCUUGUUGAACGAAAAAGAACACAUUUACCAGAAUGCUCACCUGUGCAUUUCAUUAUUGGUGAUGAAAAGGACAGUGCAGUUACUGGUGUUAUCUGUAGUCAACCGUUCGUGUCCUCGAAAAAUGCAUUUUGUGAUCAUGAAAGUACCAAUAAAACGCAAUCUUUAGAUGAUGAAAAUGAUAGUUCUGAUGAAAAGAUGUCUUCGAUGUUAGAUGAUGCGUGGUUGAUGAAAAUCGGUGUCUCACCUUCUUCUGCAGAAAAGAUUAAGCGCAGGCCAGCUAUUUUUGAUUAUUGGGUAUUUAGAACAUCGUCAUCUUUAAAUUCAAUGAGUCAUUCAACUGAAAAUUUGAAUAUAUCGGACAGACAUAGCCAGAGUGCAGCGUUUCUCUCUGGUGAGCAUUUCACAAGCGAUCGCAAGAAUCAGUCCACAAUAUUUAUUUGUGAUGCAAUGAAUAUACAAGCAUUAUUCAAUCUGAUAAUGGAAAGAAAAAUAUGUACGAGUUCCCAAGCUGGUUUGCCGCCAACUUUAUUAUCUUCUCAACCCUUUCUUUUUUCUGCUCUUAAAACAUUAUCAAAAACAUCUUUUAUACAAAAAAACGGUGACAAGAAUUUAAGCAUAUUGACUUUGAAAAAUGGUCCUGUUAUGCCACAUAUGUUACCUUUGCUAAAUGAUUAUUUAAAAAGUUGUAAAUCGCUAAAGAAAGAUGGCAAUAAAAUUACUGUGGAAAUAAUUGGACGAGAUGCUUAUCCUUCAACAAGUUGUUUGCGAAAUUCUGAAAACUCAGAUUUUUCUUCAUUUCAAGUUUUUUCAUGA